CUUUUUUCUGCACUGUAACUUUAAUGGUAGUCCAGCAGGUGUGGACUACACAGGCACAGCAAGCUUUCAGAUUUUGGACUACCCUUGAUGGAAAGCUGCCUGGGGGAGAUGGUAUAUAAAACCAUUUAGUAUAUGAGUUAGAAUGAAUACCCAGAGAGGAGGAAAGCAAAAUCUUGCUUGCCCAAAUCAAAGAUGGCCGCUGCUUGCUAGUGACGCAAUGCUUACCUUUGACCUCUGAUAUCUGCUGUGUUCCUUUCCACCUGGUGGUGAGUGGUUAUUGAUACUGUGUUGCAGGGUGAACAGAGUGUUGGUGCUCCUCCAUAUCAGUAGAUUGUCUGGAAAUCAGGAAAUCCUAAAAUAACUAUAAAAACAUAUAUAAACAUAUAGCAAGUAAGCUGUGUGCCUCUCAUUGAGCUGGUAAGUGGGCUGUCUGUGUUACUGUAACAUCUGUGGCUUGUUAUUCAUAUAUAUAUAUAUAUGUAUGUACAGUGUGCUAUGAGAAAUAAUUAGUAUUUAUACACAAUGUCAGUGUAGCAGUUAGUGCAAUGUAUAUAUGCCAAUAAUGUAUUCAGAAAGCAGGGUCAUCAUGGCAAACAAAAAUAAUCUAGGGAGGUUUGUAUCUUAAAAUAUUGUUCCUGGUUCCAAACUUGUUGAAUGUUUUAGAUGCACAUUGGGGUUUGGCUCUCGCCUACAAAUAAUAGAACAAUAAUAGAACAUUUUAGAAAUGUCCCCUACAGCAUUUUUACAAAGAAAAACAUAAAGGGUUAUUCACUCAAGUGUGAAUUGUUCAGGAAUUCAAAGUACAUAUCAAAAUUUAGGACAAGAUAAUUGAUCAGGAAUGCAAGAUAUGCUUGUUACAUUAACAAUUCUGCUCUUUUGAACUAAAACAACACACAAUUAAGUGAAUAACCCUGAGUACAUUUGAAAGCAUUCGUUGUCCUGUUCUGAAACUGUUUCUUCAAUGUAAUAAACGCAUCCAAAUAAAAGGUGUGCUUCAAAGGAUUUAUGAUCUGAUAUGUAAAGCAAGAUAUAUAAAGGGUUUUUUGUUUGGGUUUUUUUUUUUUUUUUUACAGUUUAAUUUAUGACUUUUUGAUGAGUCAUUCAUUAACAAAGUGUUGAAAUAUAUAUAUAUAAUCUAUCACUACAGGCAGGACAAACUUGUAUUUACUUUUAUUUCACCUUGAGACAGGAUACACACACAUAUUUUGAGAGAUAAGUCUAAAGAUCAACCGCUGUAGGAACAAUUGAAAUGUUAAUGGUGAUUGUGCCUGGUUUUAACUUUGCCUUAUAGUUGUUUUAUAUGUGACCUGCAAAGUUCCAGCAUGAAAGCCUAUGACAAGCAGAUUUGGAAAUGUUGCAGGGAUUAUCCUGGAUUGGUUCCUGUGACAGAUUGGUUCUCAUGACCUUGGACAAAUCACUUUAUCUUCUAAUUCCUAACUAUUGGAUUGUAAAUAUGAGUUGUGGAUUUACAACUCAGAGGCAAUGGCAAAUGAUAAGUAAUUAUCCCUUUUUUUUUUUAAAAAAAAAAAGGAACACUCUGGGUACCAUAACAACACUAUUGAAAAUAAGUUAUGGUGUCACGAUAGAUCACUCUACCACUUCUAACAUCACUUGCUGAAUAGUUUGGAAACAGAAGCCGUGGGCAGGAGCAAUACUGGCGCUCUCAGACAAUUUUUCUCAAGCUAUUUUUAUGAAUGGGAAGCCAUUGAUUGGCCGGAGCGUCAGCUGACAUGCUGUAGCUGUGACUGGUUUUUAAAGUUUUUCAGCAAGCGAUAUUGGAGGGGCAGAGCAGUCCUGUGCUAGAGAAGAGACUCAGGGGCUAAACUGUUGGUCAACUCAGUUCCAGGAUAGAGCUACGGGUUUCCAUGUUUAAUUUUAUUUUUCAGAUCUUACAUAUACAUAUUUGUUAAAUAUACGAGUAAAGUAAACAUAAUAUAAAGAAAUUCUGGGAAGUGAUGGUUCCCCUUUAAAACUGCAUUAACCUUUUCCCAGUCUGCAGCGCAGAAGCUCUGUCCUUGCAAAAUUAAAGGGUUACUCCAAGAACCAUGACAAUUCAUUGAUUUGAAGUGGUCAUGGUACCUGAAGUCCUGUAUAUGAAGCAUUUCGCUAUGACACACUACACAUAUGGUGAUUAACCCCUCUGCUCCCGGAGGUGUAACUACACCUCUAGCAACAUAAUUGGGGCGCCAUUAGCCAGCCCAGGUCAAGAGCACCAGAUGCUAAUGUGAAUUUGGUGAAAAAUUGGCAUCUAAGUCGAGCAUGCACAGUAUGCUGGCACCAGACAACCAAUUGGGCCGUGAGUCCCGAAGUAUCACUUUUUUGGAGACUUGAUAUGCAAACCAUUAAUGAAAAUCAUUAAAGACUAUAAAAACAUACUGGGUCGUGUUCUCCACUUACAAUAUGUAUGCUAUCCUGAACAGGAUAUCAAGGAAAACGCCUGUGCACUCAGAGCAGACUUCAUCAGUCCAAGCAGGCUUUAUGAAGCAUUUGUGAUAAUGGCUCCGUAGUGAUGCUGAAAUGUCGCUUUGACUAAUAAAGUCUGCUUGCAAACCUUACUCCGAGCGCACAGCUGUUUUCCUUGAUAUACUGUACCUGGAUCUCACCCUCCUGCUUUGCAGCACCUACAUUUGUGUAUUAAAAGACCUGUGCAAACUCCUUUGAAUUUAAUUCCUGAACUGUAGUGAGCUUUACUAUACGUUGAGAUCUAAUAAUGCAAUCUGUUGGGCCGGGUAUCUCCCAGUUCGUCAGAAGAUACCGUUUCUCUUAUUGUCUUGCAAUUACGUUAAUCAAUCAUUAACUCUAGGAAGUAUGUGUUUAGCAGGUCCGAUGGGAGACCCAGAGUGGAUAGUCAUGGUCAAGCUAGGAGUAAGGAGUUAGGGCUGGGUUUCCGAUUUUCCACUCAUGUCAUAAGGUAUAUCCAAAUUUGCUAUGGUUUUGGACACCAAUAGUUUAGUAAGGCUUUAGAUCUGUGUCCAGCGUGCCUUGCCUUUGAGCCUAUUGAGGGCAUAUGAAUUGGUAGAAGUCUAGGAAAGGGAGAGCAUAAACAGUUGGGGUGAAAGAAUGAAGAAGCUUAUGUAUAACACCCGGUUCAUUUGAUUCCCCUUUCCCAUCCCUUCCAUUUCAGUUAUCCAUAUCCAGGUGCACCUCAUUUCCUUAUCUUUUCAAGUUGAACUGUCCCAGUAUUUUUCAGGUUUCCUUCCUUCGUAUCUUGACUUUUCAGUUCCUAUAUUCCCUUCCAUUGUUCUUUUCAUUUCCAUCUAUAUCUUCAUUUUUCUGUUACAUUUUCACCUUCCUUCCACAGUAAUUUUUCUGUCCAUCUAUCCUCUGAAAAGCUACAAAAUAUGUUUCUUGAUUUAUGCUCUAAAUCUGGAGUAAUACAAGAUCUAUUUUUUUAUUUUUCCUCCAGGUGAACCGUCGUUAAGAACGUUUUUUUUUUUUCUGUUGCCAAAAUGAAGGUUCUUCUGGUGUUUGAUUUUGACCACACUAUAGUUAAUGAUAAUAGCGAUACUUGGAUUGUCCAAUGUGCUCCUGAGAAAAAGCUUCCAUAUGGGCUACAAAACACUUACGAGAAAGGAAAAUGGACAGAAUAUAUGGGAAGGGUGUUUACUUAUCUUGGAGAACAAGGAAUAAGAGAAGAAGAUAUGAAAAGGAUCAUGAUCGACAUACCUUAUACACCUGGAAUGACUGACCUGCUCCAGUUUAUUGGCCACAACAAAGACUAUUUUGAUUGCAUUAUCAUUUCCGAUUCGAAUACUAUUUUUAUUGAUUGGAUUCUAACUCACGGCAAUGUUCACACGGUAUUUGAUAAGGUUUUUACAAAUCCUGCUGCUUUUGAUCCACUUGGAAAUCUUACUGUACAAAAUUUUCACAUCCAUCAUUGCACCGAAUGCCCAAAAAACUUGUGCAAGAAAAAGGUGUUGGAAGAAUUUGUAGCCAAGCAAGCAACCAAGCAAGUGCAGUAUUCUAAGAUAGUCUAUAUUGGGGAUGGUGGAAACGACCUCUGUCCCGUAACCUUUCUUAAGAAAGGUGACAUUGCAAUGCCUAGGGAAGGUUAUGCACUUCAGAAGCGAAUAGCAAAAGAUAUUGAUUUGAUUGAUUCUUCCAUAAGUGUAUGGUCAUCGGGCAGUGAAAUAUUGUCUCGGUUAAAAUCUCUGUUAGACAAAUAAAUGGAACCUCAGCAAGACAGAGUAUCCUGGUAAAAUCUACCCCCUAUGAAUUUUGGGUCCAUAUUAAAACUGAUCUGUUGCAUUUCAGCUUUAUUUUUGAAUCCACUACUUAAAAGUAACUUAAUUAAUUUUGUUUUUAACUGAUACUUUUUCAUAUUCCAAUAAUGAUACUAUAACAUUACCGCUAGUUUCUGAAAAAACAUGGACAAGGCAUUUCAUGCAAAUUUAUAUAGGGUUCCCUUUGAUAUAAAUGUGGACAACUUUUGUGUCCACAUUUACUCACAAACAUUUGUGGUUAUUUUAAGUGACUCUAUUAUUUGUUGGCGAAACUUGAUGUUGGAAGGUUUUGUCAGGCUUUGUUGACUUGAGGCUUCACCAUAAUACAAAAUAGUGCCUAUUUUGUCUUCUGAGAUCUUUUUUUACUGUGUUGGAACUUCAGUGAAAUUCUAACAUGAGCAUUUCAUAAACAUUUUAACGUUAUGAAAAGCUCAUAAAUAUAUUUUCAGCCACUUUAACACCAGAAAACUAUCAAAAACAAGCAAAACAUGAUCACUAAAACAAGAUCUUUUGUAAUGAAUGAUCAUGGAAAAAAACAAGAUAAUUUCAUGACUUGCCCUGCCUGUGCCUUUUGAUGACGCGUUCUGUCGGAGUAUAUUUUUUGUUUUUGAAAAUGAAGAAUGUAACUAUAUCUAUGUCCAUCUAUUUAACCUUUAACUACUUACUCUACGGUAAUGCCUAUUUAACCUUUUAAUUACUUUUAUUUGCUGGAUUCAAAAUUGCUACUUAAUACAGUGUGACAGAUACUCUUCAAAUUUUCAUUUCUGAGCUCUAAUAUACAAAAUCCUAGUGCAUAUUUUGACUGUAAUUCUAAAAUGUAUUUUUAUGCAUACAUUGUAUAAAUAUUUUCUCCGCUUAAAUUAGCAAUGGCUGACCAAUGCCAAUUUAGCUGUUGUGGACCACAUUCCCUAUUAUGUUUAUAAACAUUCCGAUUGCUAGCAGGGUGCAUAGAAACUCCUGGUCCUGUAAUGAUUGUGUUAUUGUGCAGAUAUUACAAGUUGCAAACAAUGCAAUUAUAACACAGGUUAAAAUGUAUAAACCGCACUACCACUCUUGGGAAAAUGGGUGAACGGACCUGAAAUUAAGCUUUUUUUUUUUUUUUUUUGUGGUUGUUUUUGGGGGAUUAUUUUAAUAAUAAAGGGUUUUUUUUAAUAAAUUGAUUAUGGCUAAAAAAUAAUAAAUAGAACUACCUAUGUAACUACAACUCCCAUGAUGCUUUUGUCAAUAUUAUUAAACGUGGCUUUUUUUUUAGUGCCCAUCCCCUUUAACUUGGUACAAUCAAUCUAGAAAUACCAACUGGGUUAUUCACACUAAAGUGGCCAGCUGUCGUGUUAAACGUACCUUUCUCCUACUGUUUCCUCUUCUUUUCUCUAUUUCUGAUCGCAUUUUCUUUAAAACAUAACACAAAAUAGGGACUACAUUGUCUUAUGUAUUUUUCCUACGCCUGACUUUCUUUGACCAGAGGAGGAGCUUAAGUCAGCUCAAUUUCCUGUGU